AUGCCAUCUACAGCACCACAGCAUGACCUCGACCAGUCGUCGUAUCUCCCGUCGUCGCUCAAUGGCACCUUCUCCAUCGCGAAAGAAGUGAUCAUGGGGCCGUUCGGGAGUGAACACAGGCGCUCGGAAAGCACCAGAAUACUGUCUGAUCUUGCCCCCUCCUUGAUGCAAUCCCGCUUCUUGAAUCCUUCGUCGUCGACUCAACGACCUCUAUCCAACCGCCCGCCCUCUAAACCUUACCCUCUCCUACGCCUUCCCACCAACAUCCCCUUCCCCAACCAACGCCAAACGUCUUCGUCCUUGGCGAUCAUUGAAAACGUCGACAAUCUUGCGUCCCUCUCCCUCGAUGACCCUGCCCUCUUACACCCGGGACAGGGGCCCCCAAGUCUGAUCAGAGGAUUCAAGGCCACCAUUCCUUCAUCGGAGAUGGCCAAGCAGAGAAGGAGGACGGUGAGAGGCGGCAUCGUAGAUGAAGAUCUAGGUGGUGAACUUGGUCUGAAAAGGCUCGGAAACCGCGCGCGUGGGCUCUUGACGGAGCAUGGAGAGGCGGACGGGGAAGGAGAACUAGGUGUCGGUAGAAAGGCGGCGAAGAAGAGGAGAAAGAAGAGAGAGAGCAGGAGGUUGACAGAGGGAAGACACGAUGGCAAGCUGAGACUGGAGGAUCUAGCCAAGCAGGCGGACGAGAUUUCGCAAGAUAAAGACAAUCUGCAUGUCCGACAGUCUCUGAUACAAUCCGAGAUCACCGAGAUCGGCAACAAGAUCAGCGCAUUGGAAGAGAUACGCACCCGCCUCGAGAGAUCACUCCUCCAUCUACAAGAGGAGGAUCUCGAAUUGAACGACGAGCUGGAAGGUGUGCAAGAGCUCAUGGCAUCGCCUGCCUACAAGGCCGCAGCGGGGACAAAGGCUGUACCGAGCAGUAGCACGGUGAGCGGGCCGAGUAAAAGCUCGAGGAGACGGAAGGGGCCAGCGUUCUUGCCUUCAGAGCACGACGAUUUGCCGUCUGGGGUGGCGUUCAUGACAUUAGCUGGGCACACAGCGCCCAUCACUGCCUUGGACUUUGACGAGCCCUAUGGAAUGUUGGUGACAUCCGGCCAGGACGACGUCGUCAAGGUCUGGGAUCUGUGUGAUGGUGAAGAGAUUGGACAGUUGCGCGGUCAUAAAGCAGGCUCUGUCAAAGCCGUCCAAGUGGAGGACACUCUCUGUCUGACCGGUGGUGCCGACGGCAAUGUCCGUCUCUGGGAUCUUCGCAUGGUCGAAGACUACGAGGAACGCCUCCAAUCUCAACUCAAACAACUAGCUCAGCAAGAUCCCCUUGACAGAAUAGCCGAACAGCGUGAGCAAGAAGGAGAGGACGAGUUGCACAGCGGUGGGUGGCAGGAACCCGGAGACUGGAGUCCCUGUGUCAGAACGCUCGAGGGGCACAGUAAGAGCGUGACAUCGCUCUACUAUGAAGAUGGGUGUCUUGUGACUGGGUCGUCAGAUAAGACGAUUCGACAGUGGGAUGUGGCCACCGGGCAAUGCCUCCUCACCAUGGACAUUCUCUGGGCCAUCUCCAACCCUCCGCCUCCGCCUCCAUCAAGCAAUAUCCCCACGCGCCCAUCCAGGCUAUCUCACCGCUCUUCAACCUCUUUCAACUCGACUACAUACGAAGACAUCCUCCCCUCGCCCGGCGCCUCUCUUCUCGGCAUGCCCGGAUCUUCUCUCCUCACCGCUGCUACCUCUCAAAACUUUGCUGUACCCACUCCGCCGUAUUCCGAUGGCACCUGGGAAAUGUACCAGGACUUCGUUGGUGGUGUGCAGUUCUGGGGCUAUGCGCUCGCGAGUGGAAGUGGGGAUGGCGGGGUGAGAAUGUGGGAUAUGAGAACGGGCCAGGCGCAUAGGACGUUGGUGGGGCAUACAGCACCGGUGACGUGUUUGCAAUUUGACGAGUCGUACAUCGUUACUGGCGGCCUGGACAGGACAGUGCGGAUCUGGGAUCUUCGUAUGGGCGCUCUCUCCGAGAUGCAUAAGUACGAAUACCCCGUCACUGCCCUUCAGUUUGACUCUCGAAAGAUUGUGGCCUGUACGGGCGAGAACGGUGUCGAGGUUUACAACAGGACGACGGAAGAACACAGGCGGCUGGUGGUCGGGGGCCAUACGAAGCCUGUGGAGAAGAUGAGAUUCAUAGACAAGUAUCUGGUCUCGGGAGGAAGGGAUGGGUGUGCGAAGGUCUGGGCGAUGUAG